AUGUCUGAAAAAAUAUUAGAUGAUCACACCAAUGGUGGCAAUAGUAGUAACAGCAGUAUAAAUCUUAAUAAUACUAGAAAUUCAGACUCUUUAAAUAGUGAAAACUUCAAGAUUACUGGCAAAAAUAAUGAUGAUUUUAUUCCUCCAAAAGCAAUAGAUACAUUACCUGAUAUACACCGUGUAAGUCGCCCAUUAAGACAUGUCAAAUAUAUUCCUACAAAAGCAUUGGUUUUUUAUUCUAUCCAUCAUCCACCCCAAUUCACCUACGAUAUUAAACUCAAACCACCAGGUUCCAAUAAUAUAAUAGUCCAGGUCUUGAGAGUUGGUUUAAAUCCUGUUGAUUUAAAAAUUUAUAAUUCUUAUACUACAAAUAUGAAUUCAUAUACUGGUCUAGGUCGUGAAUACUACGGUACUAUUAGUGCUAUUGGUUCUAAAGUUGAUUCCCAGAUUUGGUCUGUUGGCGAUGAAGUUUUUGGUACUUUUUUUCACCCAAAUUUAGGUACUGGUACAUUACAAAGCAGUAUCACUAUUGAUUUAAAUAAGGAUGUUAUUUUGAAAAAACCAACUAAUCUUAACAAAAAUGAGGCUGCCGGUGCUCUAUAUUGUUUAGGUACAGCAUAUUCCAUAUUACAUGGUUUGGAAGAAAAUCAAAAAAUCAAACCAGAUUCCAAUAUCCUUAUUAAUGGUGGGUUAUCUUCGGUAGCUAUUUUUGCCCUACAACUUUUAAAAAAUUACUAUAAAGUUACCUCAAAAAUUGUUUUAAUUUGUUCUGGUUCUGCCGAAUUGGCAAUUAAGAAAAAAUUCCCCGAAUAUGUGAAUGAUUUGAUAUUUAUUAAUUAUCAACGUAAUUUGAAAAUUUAUAAGCCGUUGCAAAGCAUGAUAAACGAUGGUGAAUUCAUAGAUUAUGAUGCUACUGGUAAACCAAUUUCAAUCAAAUUUCAGCAGGGGAAAUUUAACAUCAUUUUAGAUUUUGUAGGGGGUUAUUCUAUAAUUGAACAUUCCAAUUCAUUAAUCGCUAAGGGGGCGGAUUAUAUCACCACGGUUGGUGAUUAUAAAGCUAAUUAUAAGAGUGAUAUAUAUAAUGCUCCAGAUAAUCCAAGUGCAAAUGUUCGUAAGGUUUUCAGCAAAGCCUUGUGGAAUUUCAGUUAUUCUCACUUCCAUUUUGAUCCUAAUGCUAAAUAUGUCAAGUAUUAUGGUAAUUGGCCCGAAAACUGUUGCGAAUUAUUGAGAAAGGGUGUAGUUAAAACAGUAAUAGACAGAACCUAUGACUGGAAAGAUUAUGCUGAAGCUUUUAAAUAUUUACGUUCUAGACACGCUCACGGUAAGCUUAUCUUAAAAUUAGAGAAAUUUUAA